CAAAGAAAGCAUCAAUGAUGAAACAUCGGUCGGUUUGCUGCGUCCAGUGCCAAUUCGGCCCUCUACAACAGCUUCUGUCGUGGUCGCGUCAGAAUACCCUUCCGUCGAAGCAGCAGAUGUGGAACUGGCGACGAAAAACUCAGCUAAACAACUGCCGAGUACAGCUGACCGUUUAUUCCCCACUACUGAAUACAGUAUAAGCAAAGCUUCUAAGAAGAGUGACACACUGGCAAUCUUUCCACAAGCUCAGCAAUCGAUGGUCUUUACUUGGGAAUCAGUGAAAAAUCCUCACAGUUACUAUUCAGGCCAGGUGGUAGCUCCACAAGUAUCGACGACUAUGAGCUCAGUAGAUGAAGGGGUCAUGGCUGAGAAAACCACUCCAGCUGCUGCCGGUCACCUUUCCAAUCGGGAUACACAGGCUGCCGUAGCGGCCAUUAGCACUGUUGGAGCAUCAACAGUGUUUCGGAAAGCAAAGAUUGCUGAAGUGAAUGAACCCAAUCACUCAUCUCUAACUACAGACACCAGUAUUACGUCACCCCAGGAGCCGACAUCGACAAAAGAGCAAAAAGACUACACAUUACCGCCAAUAUAUAACAUAAACAAGCAAUACACCGAGAGCUACAGUGCAAUGUCCAGUGAGGACGGAACUGAUUUUGUAGCUCCAUAUUUCGCUACACGUGACAAAAGACCACACACAGGUAGGGACGUGAUGAAGACAACUCUCCCACUUUUUAUAGAAGACAUUUCGAAAACAUCCCUCCAUCCCACUGCUCCUAGUAGCCGGGUUGACAUGGUAGUGUUUACUUUGCCAUCACCAGCACUGGUUACAAAACCACCAAAGCACACUAGUAUAAAUUUCGACGGCACAUCACAUCUUCCUCGUGAAUUGCAGGCGACCGAUGGAAGUGUACAACGAAAAGGCGAGACUCAUGUCGAUACAACAGCAGUUUUAAUAAAUCCAAGCAUUGCGGUAACCGAUUUCAGCGAAACAUCUGAAGGGCACCAUGAUGCUAACAAAGUAAACGCCGUUUAUCCCUGGACUGGCGAAAAAGCCGUAAUGCCGACAGUAGCGCCAACACCAAAACCAGGCAGUCUUCGAUCGUCAGUUGCAGAAACUUACACACCAAGGCAUUAUGACUCUAAAGCUGUAAUUAGAAAGGAAAAUGACGCAAGACCGACAGCUACAAUAAGCACAAAAGGCCCUGUGAAUGGCAGUCAAGAUGAUGUCGUUUUGUAUCCACGCAGCACACUACCGGACUCCACACUCAAGACACCAAUGAGUACGACGCUCCUGACCUUUAGCCCCUCCCCAUCUAAUGAUGAACUUAAUACCGUAGUGACAUUUCCAACAACGAAUGCACAUACGAACAACAUUGAAAUGAUAACGGGUGUCGAUAAAAACACACAAAAGAAAUCAUAUCCUUCUCAAACUGAGGCUAUAUAUGAGUUCAAAAACGAAGUAAAUACAACCAUCAAUACAGAGAGUAAUGACUUCGGAAACGUGUUACCGCCGUACCACCUCACCGAAGCAUACUCCUUGGACAACAUUGGUAGGGAGGCGAACAAUAGUUUCACCUCGCAAUCAACAGCGAGUGUGUCAGUUGACACGAAACCACUUAACAAUUUGUUCCGGAAUACGCCAGGUCAGUGGUCACGACCAACAACGACGAUUGGGAAUCGCAUUCAGCUUGAUGUAACGCCCACGUACAAUGUAAUCCAAAGUUUUUUGGAUUCACCGACAACAGAAGGAACUCAUCCGUUCACCAGCGAAUUGUCGGAUUUUAAUUUCCUUGGCUCUAAGUGGGGAACUAGAACAGAGCAGCAUAUGGCACGUAGAAACCCUACAUACUUCGCAGAAAUGAGUGCGCAAAAGCCAUUCACCACAGUGACAACAGCACGAAAUACUGAUUCUGGAAGCGCCUAUUCGACAAUUUUACAGUCUCUUCAAGAGGACAUUCACAGUGCUUCGAACUCCUUGACUGAACUUCACCUCUCGAAAUCUUCCGGGCGAAAUAGAAUCCUUAAUCCUUCGAUUAGUGUGCACUUCUCGACACGCUAUCUAGCAGAAACAACUUCGGCAACUGAGACCACGAGAAAACACGCCACUGCCACGCCUAAAGAAGGGAUAACUGAUCCAUCAACUGAACCACAAUUUUUCACUCCAGGAACGUUCACUACAGGAAUCGAGGGUGCGACAGCAAGCGAAAAAUAUUUGCUUCUAAACGAAGCUCGACAUACUGAAGUCAAAGAAGACACCAGACCUCAAGUGACUGAGCCGUAUAUGACGUACCAAUUGACGUCACCCAAUAGCGAAGAACGGGAAGACACAGAUCGUAUGAAACUAACUGAGCCUGCUACCAGCGCAUCGGUUAGUUCGCCCUUGCCAGAGCCUACCACUCGCAAAGGCGAAUGUACUUUCUCUACCGAAAGCAAGAACAAGUGUAAAACAAUCAGUCGUAAAGCCAAGCUUCAGGUAACAACGAAAACGAGAGAGUACGCUGAAAAGGCAAUCCUACGAACUACUACUACUUCGGAAACGUCUGUUGCACCAGCAUCUGCGACAAAAAGAGCCAAUAGCUGGACAACGCUGCUGAUGACGAGCUCCGGGCUGCCGAAAAGUACGAGGGCUCCUGUGUGCAAAUCAAAAUUUGGACUUUUUCGCCAUCCCACUGACUGUAACCGUUUUGUUCAUUGCUCGAAUUCUGUGCCGUUUAUUAAGAAAUGCCCAGCAAACUUGCAUUUUAACGAAAGAAUUAUGGUUUGCGACUGGCCUUACAGAGCUGGCUGCCUUAUGGAUGUUAAAAAGUAAGCACAUUAAGGUAUGGGAGAAACUUUCUCAGCAAAACGAGACCGCAUUUCAAGAUUUGCUACGGCAAUCGAAGGGAAGGUAGUGUGGCAAAUAUUUUCAGUUUUAAUAUCGCAGAUCCUUCUACGUUCUACCUUUUGCUACUAGACACGAAUAAAGAAUUCUGGA